AUGUGCUAUGCGGCCUUCUUAUUGGGGAAGAUCUGCGUCCCAGGUACAUGCAUGUUCAAGCUGCAGCAGUACCUGCAUAAGAGGCAGCGAUUGACCUCAGCUUCCCCACCUGAGGAACAGGCCUCAAGUGUCUCCAAACCCAUGGGUAAAUGAGUUAUUAUACAUUUUUAUUUGCCAUAUCUGAUGACAUGUAACGAAUACUUUAAACCUAUCCUGUAAUAUUUGUUUGGAUCACAGCGAUGGAUGAGGAUGAAGAGCUGGAGAGUGCCAUGAUGAGCAUAAAAACCUUUCAAACCACACGUGCGGACCUGUAAGUGCACUUGUAUCACGCUGACUGACUGCCAAAACUGACGGGGGCAAACUCUGUGUUGUAUCUGACAUCUGUUAUUUCUCAUUUUCUGUUUAUAACCAGUUGUUGCAUCUAGUUUCUGGUCUGGUUUUACUUCCCUAGUUUUCCCUCCUUUUGUUAAUCACCCAUGAGUUUCACCUGUGCCUCGUCUUCCUCAUCUGUUGCUCGUUUCCCUGUGUGUGAAUACAGUCCCUGUCUUCCCCUCUGUCUUGGUUGGUUCAUUGUAUGUCAUUGUGUGUGCGGGUUUGGCGGUCAGUGAGUGUCUUUCAUAGUCAGUGUUGCAUCCCUAGUUUCCUUGUGUUUUUUUCCCCAGUACCUUUUCUUGGACUUUGCCUUUGGGCUUUUAUUUGGACAUUUUGAAGAAAGUUCUCUGUUGUGGAUCAGGAAGACCUAAAAAAGCUUCAGGAUGCCUACAGGUUCUGCGGUAUUCAUCCAGCCAAUCUCACAAAACAGCACAUAUAGGAGCACUGCAGGAUUAAAAUACCCAGACCAACAGAGCUGCUGGACAGAGUGGAGAGGGUCCUGAGUUACUUCCACCUGGCGAUGGACCCUAGCAGCAUCCCACUCUUCAAGCCAUCCAUGCUGAAGACGUGGUGGAUCCAGAGAGUCCACAUUCUCUGUGGGUGCCUCAGUGACCCUGAACUCUCUGAGGGCAUAAUGUACAGGUACGGAGGCACUCUUCAGCUGAACCACAUACCUGGUGAAGGUGCCAAAGUCCCAAUCUGGAUCCCUGUCAGAGGCACAUCACAACAAGAGGGGUACCAUUUCCACCAGGCUCAAUGGGUCACUGGCACUCAUGUCUCCCCUGAAUUGUUCCAGGCCCAGGGCAUGACAGGGGUAGCCCGGUGGAAUGACCAGCGGCUGGUGGAUCUUAAACAGCCAGGUGUCAUCCUCCCCGCUGUCUUUGACCCAGCUCUGAUGUACGAGCUAAACACUGCGUCCAUGAGAGUGGCAGGGCAGGAGAGGUAUCCUGCAUUUCUCCUCUCUGACAGGGACACUGGAGAGAGGUUCGGCCUUCAAUACAGGGAGCCAGGCUUUUAGAGAGACAUUACAGUUGCUUGUCAUCAUAUUGUACUGAAAUAACAUGAUUAACUGAGGAACUUUUAUUGCUUUAUGUGUUCCAGAAAUCUCACAUGCCCUCCCCCUGCCUGUGAGUGCCUCCCCACGAAGUGCCCGCACUGGUCCCAUAAAAACUGGAGGCAGAGUUUUUGUGUUGGACCACACACGCUGGACAGCGCCCAUGAAGGUGGCAAUCGAUAAACUGCUGCAGAAGCACAACGGCCAGAAGGACAGCCUGAAGCUUGUGGAUCAGGAUUAUGCUGACAUAGUCCAUCAGUCAGCCACAGAUCCAAACAGCUUGCUGCACCUCACCACCAAGCUUCACAUUUCACGUGAUGUGGAGCACUUGGGAAAGCUCCUUAACACCAGCUCCUCCUUGGACACUAGCCAGGAGAAACGUUUGGACACCCAACAGCUGUGGCACUCUUUAACAGAGGGGAGUGUCACGUCUAGUGUUCCUGUGGUCACCAUGGAGGCAGCUGUUGUCAAGCCCCCUACACCUGCCCUGCCCACACCUCUAACCCAAGACUCCCUCGAGAAAAUUGUGGAGGGCAUCUUGGAAAAACAGCAGCAACAGCAACAGCAGCCCCAGCCAGAGCAGAGGAGAAGGCAGACCAAGACUUGUCUCGCUUGUGGACAGCCCAAGUCUCGAUACGAGACCGAUGGAUCCUCAGUCCACUUUUUUUUUUUACCAGUAGGGGCCUGUCCACUACUUCUACUGCACCGAGAAAGUGCAUCAAAUUUAUGCGGCUGA